AUGACUGUUUUCAAUUUGCUUACAUUUCCAAAUGUUUGUCGAGCAUGUCUGCAAUCGAUACAUCCCGAUCAAAUGAUCGGUCUAGAUACGUACCGUCCUGUACUGGAGGGAACCAUCGAGGCGUUCCUGGAGCACAUUUCAUUCAAGCCGCCAAAGGAAAUCAGUCCACUUCUUCCAUCUUCGAUCUGCUUCGCCUGUUUAGAAGUGGUCGAGUUUUUCAGCAAAUAUUGCCGGAAAAUAAUGCAUUUACACGAAUUUCUCAUUGCGCUAGUUCGUGUAAAACUUGGCGAUGAGUUGCCGUUAAGAAAAUUGUUCGCAAGCAAAGCAGAACAGCUGGAGGUUCUAUUCAUGGGCCUAGAUUUGUGCAAUAAAACAAAUCCGCAUGUGGACGAUUUGCUGGAAGAAUACAGUCAAUACACGAUUGCGUCGAUGGCAACUAUCAUAGAUCAAGAUCAGCUUGAAGUAGACGAGCCUAUAGCAUCACAUGCAUUUGAGCAAAGCUCGGAGGAGGAUAUGGAUAAAUAUUCUCCCCCUAUGGUGGCCCAAAAAGAAACAAGCAGUAUUGGUGUAAAAGUCAAAAAAAGAAGAAAGAAAAGGCUUUUGAAAAUAGAGAUAGAUCGUAAAUCCCGGAUUGAUACCGAAGCCACAGUUACAAUUGGGACAGAAGCUGUUUUGAAAGAAGAUUGUGAAGUCUCUGCUACCGAAAGUGAUAAAUGUAAUAGGCAAGCAAACUGUAACCAAAUACGCGAACGAUUCUACUGUGGACAAUGCCCGUUUAAAUCCUACUACACCGUGGCGUUCGAACUACACGUUAAGAAACACCAGAAGAAUCUAGGUAAAACAGGAUUUGUCUGUAGUAAUCCUUACUGUGUGCAGAUGUUCGAUACUGCCGAAGAAUUGAGCAAUCAUAAGAAAAGCAAUGCACACUCGCAGUAUGUAUGCGAGAUUUGUGGAACCGAGCUAAAACAUCGCAAUUCUUUGGAAGUUCAUUUGGAGCGCCACGCGGGUAUAACGCAUCAUCAGUGCCCUUAUUGUUCAUCAUCGUUUCACACAAAAACGGAACUCAAAAACCAUGUCUUGUCCAUGCACAUCAGCGAAGACCGAGCUGAUUGUGACCAAUGUGGAGCCGUUUUUACGAGCAAAAAAUUACUCAAGCAACACCUCAAAUCCCACACUGCCGUUCGAAACUUUCAUUGUGUGCAAUGUACACUUUCAUUCAAAACGUUUCACCACUUGAGGCGGCACAUAAAAGCCGUACAUAAUGAUGUACGCUUCCAGUGCGAGCAUUGUAAUGCGUCCUACUGCCGCCGAGACAAACUGCGAAUGCAUAUAGAAAAAGCUCAUUUGAUUCAAACGUACUUCGUUUGCGAAAUCUGCAUGCGGUCUUUUGAUACAAAUGAAGGCCUUCAGGAACACCGAGGCCAUCACGAAAAUCCAAAGGAGUUGGAAUGCGGGACAUGCUUGCUGGUUUGCUUGACUCAGGAAUCUUUCGAUAAACACAUGUGCAUCACGUACCAGGAUGAUUACGUUUGCUGCGGUCGCGAUUUCAAGCAUCAUAUGCUAUACAACAAGCACAUGAUGAGUCAUGGGAUCAAGGUGAAUGCGAGAGUCAGGGUAAAAUCAAAUAUGCUUAUUGGACAAGAGCGAGCCAUAAGAGAUUCUGCGGAAUUUCGCACGGAGGAUUAUCGUUUUAAAAACCGCGCUAGACGACAGGGUAAGCGGCCGCGGCUUGAUUGUGUACAGUGCAUGAAGAGUUUCAACAGCAUCGCUGAACGGCAACAGCAUGUAUGCAAUGGAAUAGAUGAUAAUACCAACGUCGAGAUAAAUGUAAAAGAAACUUAUGUAAAUGCAGAUGAUGAUCAAACAGAUCUGGUUGGUCUGGAACCAACUGAUUUCAUCGUUUUGCAAGAAUGA